UGACGGAGACAUCUUCCGACACUGUAGACCCAAGGGGUUCUCCACGAGGAAGGCGAAGUGGAUGAGCAGGUAUCGCUGCGACAAGUCGCCACCAUCGGAGCUCCGCCUCAUCACCUGGAACGUGGACUUUUCGACCCCCAACUGCGAGGCCAGGAUCCUUAAAAUCCUCUCCUACAUCCAAUCCUCUGUGCUCUCCUCGCCUCCUGAGCCCUGCUGCAUACUCCUGCAAGAGCUUGACGCCAAAAGCUUCCGCGUCCUCCUCGCCAGCGAAUGGGUGCGCAAGAACUUUGUUAUAGCGCCGGACACCACCCAGCUCUGGGCCUCAUUCUACGGCAACGCGACUCUCGUCUCCCGCAGCGUCCCUGUCCAUCACGUCGUUCGGUCGAUGCUGUUUUGGAACACCAACAUGGGUCGACAUGCUCUCUUCGUCGACAUCCCCCUCCGCUCCGCCGCCACGGGCGAAACGCGAGUCGUGCGCGUGGCGAACACACACCUCGAGUCUCUCGUUGAUGGCACUAAAGCCCGCCCAGCCCAGCUCAAAGCCAUCGCGGAGGUGCUUCGCUCUGACGAGGUCGACGGUGGCGUCGUGGGUGGCGAUAUGAACAUGAUCGGGGACACAAAGGACCAAAACAUCCACGUUGACGCGGGGCUCGAGGACGCAUGCCUCUUCCCUGACGAGGUGGCGUCGCAUACAUGGGGUUAUCAGCCCCCUUGUCAGUAUCCGGCACGAAGGCUGGACAGGGUGUUCUUCACGGGGAAAGGGCUGCUCGUGGAUUCGGUGGAGGUCAUCGGUAAGGGGUUGCGCAUCCCGAACGGCCAAUUUGCGAGCGAUCAUUGCGGUCUUUCUACUACCAUCUCUUUCACAACGGCUGAAAUCUGACGACAUUUCACGGUUCCGUCUCCCUAUGUCUGUGUAUCCUUGUCGUGCUUUCCAAUCUGCAACAUACCGCUUUCAACUUUGGAUGUCCCUUGCUUGUAUACCUUUGUAGCCCUCGCUUACGUCUACGUUCCUUGGUUUUCUCAUCUUUCUUUGUAUAGAUCGCAACGACAUGCUGCUACCAGAUGUAUUGCUCACCAAAAUAGGUAUUCUUACUACCUUCCUCCUGUAUCGUUUUCGUCGUCUUGUAGCAGACUAGUAUCUUUCCUUCUACCUCUACAUCUCCCC